AUGACGGAAUUGGCGGUGGUGUUAGUGUUAGAGGAAGAGGGAGUGGUCCUGACUUCCCCCGGCCCCUUUGUGUUGCCCAUGACUACGACGGUGGGUGAGUUGAAUAAAUUGGUUAAUGAGUUGUUGAAGAAGCCGACAGAAAGCGGGGGGGUAGAGGAAAUGGGUUCUUGGUCGUUUCGAAUAGACGGUGUGAGGAUUAUUACGGACAUCUUAUCGAUCGUUACGGAGCUGCCCGAGUUCAGUACGGAAAACACGGUAAAGAUUGAGGUGUAUCGUCCCGUGCGUGUACUGAAGUGCGCAGACGCCGGAGAUACUCCAGAUGCUAUAAUAGACCUGCUGCCAGCUACGAAUAAGGACUUGGCAUGUUUGGGUUCGCGAGCUAACGUGACCUUGAAGGCGCGGAACGACUUGACGGAGAACAAAGCCGUCAUUCGAUCGGACGAGCCCAACUCUGUCGCACUGCUGCGACUGACCCCACAAUUUCACCUCUUGGUCACGGCGUGUGGCACGGUACAAUUGGUAGAUAUGCAGGCGCACACAAAUGUGGCAUACGGCAAGAUUCAUGUCGCCAGUCGCAUCUCGGCCGCCGCUCUCUCACCGACAUUGGACAUGCUAGCCGUGGGCGACGCGGAUGGAUCUUUGGCUGUAUACAAGCUACCUGCGGCGGUACUGGAGCUAGCCCAAGCUCAAGAGUUAGCCCAAGCUCAAGAGUUAGCCCAAGCUCAAGAUAGUGCUGUUAACGAUAGUCCGACUAAGGUCAGCAGUCGUAAGAGAAAUCUGACGAAUGAAUAUAAAUGGGUGCUGUCUAGCCCAGUCUUGAAGAAAAGCACGUUCCAAAUGCCGGUAUCUUGGAUACGGUUUUAUCAGGACUCAAUCAACAGAAUUUAUUCCAUUAUUGCUACAAGCCUUGACGGAUAUUUAAAGGUCAUGGACUACAUAGAUGGUAGUGUGUACAAUAAUUUUAAUACAGGCAAAGGUAUCACAUCCGCAUACCUACUACAUAACCAUCUAGUUACGGGACAUGUAGACGGCAGAUUAAAGCUCUGGAACCACGAUGUUAGCCUCUAUCAAAAAGAGAGCUCCGCCACACUCAAGUGCUUGCAAGUCAGCAAAGCACACAGCAAAGCCAUCACAGACGUCUGUAUCUGUCCUCGAGGACCACGCAUCUUCAUCGUGUCCGCCAGCAAUGAUAAAACCGUGUGCUUCACGGACAUAAAAUCGCCUGCCCCUGAAACAAGUAUCCUCGUCGGAGAAACGGCACCUGGCAAAGUUGGGGACUACGGAUUGUAUCCAACCGCGCUUCUUGUCGACGGGAACGAUAUAUUCGUAGGCACCAACAACAAUCGGGUAUAUAGAUACUCGCUACUCUAA